AUGGCGGGAAAAGCUGCGGCUCCUCAGGGGCUGCCCGAUGGGAUUGACAAAGACGAGAUCUAUGAGAUGGCAGCUCAACAAAUGGAGUAUCGAGUGAGCCUAUUCAACUCCAUGGUGGCAACCUGUUUUGACAAGUGCUAUGAGAAGAAGUACAAGGAGUCGGAAUUGAAUCUCGGAGAGACUAGCUGUGUUGACCGAUGUGUUUCCAAAUACUGGCAGGUGCGAGGGAUUAUUGGUCAAUACCUUGGAGUUUCUGGCAGUGGGAUGUAA